AUGUUCAGUGGAAAUUGGUUGUGUGAUCAAUCAGAUUCGAAUUCAAACUCAAAUUCAAAUUCAAAUAUUUAUUUACAAACUAAAAAAACUCGUUUAGAUAAUACAAUGAAAAGAGAAAAUUCAUCGUCAACACAUACACAUGUUCAUCAUCAUCAUAUACAUCAUCAUCUUGUACUUGAUGAUCAAGCACCAUCGAAUACAAAUACAAAUUCUAACUCAAAUACAACUACAAACUCAAAUGCUAAUACAAACACAAAUAUAAAUUCAAAUAAUAAAAAACGAAAACAUUGUGAAACAAUAAAUGUUAAGGCAGCAACAACAACAACAACAACAACAAAUAAUUCGAAUGACGGAGAUUAUCAAUUAGUACAAAAUGAAGUUUUAUAUUCAAUGACAAAUUCUUAUGAAGUUUUAGAAUAUUUAGGACGAGGAACUUUUGGGCAAGUUGUUAAAUGUUGGAAAAAAGGAACAAAUGAAGUUGUUGCUAUUAAAAUAUUAAAAAAUCAUCCGUCUUACGCUCGUCAAGGACAAAUCGAAGUUUCAAUAUUAUCACGUCUUGGACAAGAAAAUGCUGAUCAAUAUAAUUUAGUUCGUGCAUAUGAAGUAUUUACACAUAAAAAUCAUACAUGUCUUGUUUUUGAAAUGCUUGAACAAAAUCUUUAUGAUUAUUUAAAACAACAAAAAUUUGCCCCGCUUCCAUUAAAAUCAAUUCGUCCAAUAAUUCAACAAGUUUGUGUUGCUUUAUCAAAAUUAAAAGAAUUAGGUCUUAUUCAUGCUGAUACAAAACCAGAAAAUAUAAUGUUAUUAGAUCCACGUCGACAACCAUUUAAAGUUAAAUUAAUUGAUUUUGGUAGUGCAUCACCUGUUGAAAAAGCAAUUCAAUCAACAUAUCUUCAAUCACGUUAUUAUCGUGCAAUUGAAAUACUUCUUGGUUUACCAUUUAAUGAAUCUAUUGAUAUGUGGUCACUUGGUUGUGUUAUGGCGGAAUUAUUUCUUGGUUGGCCACUUUAUCCUGGAUCAUCCGAAUAUGAUCAAAUAAGAUAUAUAUCACAAACACAAGGUUUACCAAAUCAAAAUAUUCUUGAACAAGGACAAAAAACUUCGAGAUUUUUUCAAUUUAUUAAUUAUCAAUGGAAAUUGAAAACACCUGAACAAUAUGAAAGAGAAACAGGAAUUAAAUCAAAAGAAGCAAGAAAAUUUAUUUUUAAAAACAUUGAUGAUAUUCAACAUAUUCAUUUGAAACAAGAUUUGCCACCAAAUCAAUUACAAGCAGAAAAAUUAGAUAGAAUUUUUUUUGUUGAUCUUUUAAAAAAAAUGAUUCAUUUGGAUCAAACAUUAAGAAUAACACCUAAUCAAGCACUUAAUCAUCCAUUUAUAACUAUGGAUCAUCUUGUUGAUUAUACCAAUUGCAACAAUGUCAGACAAAGUGUUCAAAUGAUGGAAGUUUGUAAAAAACCAAAUAAUUUUACUUUUAAUCAUUUUCAAACUCAAAUUCGUCAACCAGCAAAUGAAAUUUUAGUAUCAUAUCCACUUCCACCAGCAGCUUAUUUUAUUCCACCAUAUCAAGUUGGCACACCAUUAUUUGUACCUGUUGCACCAACUGAUCGUCCAUUUUUAAUAAAUAAUCCAACAUGGAGUCAACUAUUAAUUCCUCCAUCAUUUGUUGGUUUAUUUAAUCGUCGUUUAACAACAAAUGAUUUUCCUCAACAAACAUUUCAAUUUAAUUUAAAUCAAAAUACUCCAAUAAAUCAUCGACAACGUCCUGUUUCAGUAAUAACAUUAUCUUCCGAUGAAGAUGAUGAGCAACCACCACCAAGAGUUGCACCACCUCAUCCACAAACAAUUAAUUCAAAUUCAAAUACAAAUAAUAGAUCAAAUAUAAAACGAGAACGAAUAAGUAUUGAUCAUAGAACACAAUAUGGAAUGGGUUCAUCUUUAUAUAUGGAUCGUUUAAAUUCUCAUGAAAAUUUAUUAAAUGGAUUUGUUUCAAAUGAUGAUCGAUAG